UCACCACACUCAUCAAUGACAGCAAGAACCACCACAAUUGGAGCAUUCUAUGGUACGUGCCUCGAUUUAUCAAAGCAAUUAACCACAGCAAAUCGGCCUCCACUGCAAAUUUUCGAUUUUGAGGAUAAUAUCAUACUAAAAAGUUACAAUUUCAAAGUAAAUAGCACAAUGGCAACUGUGGCAACAAUACCUAGUUAUAACAGACAGCAAAGUACUGAUUCUGGUUGGGAUAACCCUUUUAGGCCUGGAGGAGAUUUAUCCCGAGAAGCUGAUGAAAUAGUUAAUAUGAUUAGAGAAACCUUCAUCCAUGGGAAUGGCGGCGAUGAAGGGGAAUAUAUAGCCGCACCGCAGUCGUGUUUCCAAUUUGCCAAUAGCCGCAUGUAAUUGAAAGCUGCUGCA